AACAGUGGGUCUUACUACAUCCAAUACCCUUCACUUGCUCAAUUCACUGACCUGACUGACUUGCACACACUCUUGUAACAGCACCUUCUUUUCCUCUCCUAGAACUCAACGCAGGCACAGGGUCCCUAGUAUGAACGACUCAAUCCUUUACAAGCAGAGAAUAAUGUUACCAUGACCAAUGAGCCGGAUAUAACAAGUAUUUUAAACAUCGAUGAGGUCCUUAGCAACAUUGUAACCGUGACGGCGAGUGUUAUCUUAUCUUCGAUAAAGCGACGGAAGGUAGCGGAAUGGAUCGGACGCGCUCGGGAAGCUUCGCACGGAAUGGCUGGACCAGGCUAGCUAAGCAGGCCAAUCCCUUCGUGGCAUUUCAUCCAAGCAUAAUGUACGUGGAUCAGUGACAACUAACGACACCCGUAGGGUCUCAGAUCAUCGAGGUUGCCUUGCCUUGAAACGAUGUGGAAGUGACACGGAAUGCAAUGAAGCACCGUGCUGUAAUUCUUUUGUCUUCUCAUGAGAAUCUGUAACUCCAUGCCUCCGACUUUCGCCAGACUCGCCUCGGCGGGCGCUGGCCUACCACAGAAGCGAACGUACAUUCCGUAUAUAAGAUCUCUCAGUGGAUACGCACUGUAAUAAACCGCACCCUGUUCUCUCCACCAUGUCGCUGCUCGUAGAUACCCUCGUCGAUGACGUCCUCAUACAGCUAAUUCUCACCUUGCCCGUACCAGACGUUCUCAGCAUUCGCAAGACAUGCAAGCGUCUUUCCUACCUCACAAAGCUCAGAACCAUCUGGUGCACUAAGUUUCACACUGAGGUUGUGAGGCGGAAGCUACCUAUUCCGGGAAGUUAUCUUCCUUUCACGGAUUUGCCUACGGCGGACUUGGAAUGGAAGACUCUGCGUGCUCUGCAGCUUGAGAAUAAAUGGCGAAGGAUCUCGAGGCACACUGCUCUGACAAGCGUUCUACCCGUCUCCGAGCCUGUCGAGAAAGUUAUCUUAUUGCCGGGUGGAUACCAUACUUUGACGGUGCAUACCGAUCGCAUUGUGCGAUGGUGCAUCAGUCUUCAGAGCUUCAGCCAGAAUGCAGUGAUAGAACGCUUGGAUAGUUGGAUGUCUCCCGGGAUUAUUACCAACGUGGUGCGUGAUUUGGAGCUUCCCGAUCGCAUUGCAGUUGCAUCGCUCGCAGAAUCACAGACAAUCCUCACUAUCUUGUCAGCCACCGCUGAUGGUGUCUGUACCGAGUUAGGCCGCUCAACCUUGAUCGGAGGAAAUCUGGCAGGCCUCCUCGGGGAUUACAUUCUUCUAUCGGAUAUAACUAGUGCUUCGCUCGUGAACUGGCAGACCGGCGAUACGCUCAAACUGCAGGUGCCGCUCGACGCUGGCGAGUACUUGACGUUCGCUCUAUUCCAGGAUUUCAUCGUCAUUCUCUGGUCUCAAGCGCUCGCGAUAUUCCCCCUUCCUUCCGCCUCAACAAAGACAGUUUCAGGCAGUAUGGAAUACAAACAAUCUUUCGCUUUCCACCAACCAGUUCAACAACCCAUCUCCAUGACGAAUUGCCUUCCUCGCACCCUUCCCAGCACUUCACCAUUCCAACUACCAGGCCCCGAAGGCCUUCCCUGUCUAUCUGUCAUCUCAUCAUCCCCCGUGCAGAACGCAUGGGGUGCGCAAAGCGGUAUCACGCGAUCCGUUUUGUUUCCUAUCGACAACAACAACACGUUCUCACUCUCGAGUAUUCCUAUGGCUCUAGAUUUCGAAGAGUGUUCUGAAAUAUGUAUCGGCCCUAGCGGUCGAGGCGUUUGGAUCGACAAUGGUAAUCUUCGACCGUGUACGCCACGCACGAUGGUAUCAGGGCUUGGAGAAUUGCAGGUCGUUGAUUUCGAUGAUGGUUGCCGACCGCUGUGUCGAGUUCCAAGCAAGGACAAUGGGCCACUUUGUUUGGAUUUCGAUGAUGGCAUGGGUCGGAUAGCGAUUGCUCAUGGGAAGGAGGUGAAGAUUAUAGAUCUUGUUUGAUUCAAAGUCGGAUGUUGUUGGUCUACUGGUUACAUCAUCGGACAUAUAGAAGUUACACUACAAUACUAUACAUGACAUAGACAUAGAAAAGUCAAACUAUUAGAGUAGCCAGCAAUGCAUGCAAUGCU